UUGGUUCUUUGUACAAAAGAAACUCAUAACAUUUCUCAUCGACUCAUAUAUAAUUCCAAAUUGCUACUUCUUCCUUUUAUUACACCACUUUAUUUCUACAAAAAAACUAAUAUUAUAUUGUGAUCCUGGCAAUAUCAUCUUAUUAAUUCUACUCAUUUUUGGAAGUGGGAAACCAGAUAAAAGAUUGUGUAUGUAAAGAUCAUAUAUAGACCUUUUUUUUGCUAUAACAAAUUAAAAUGAGAGGUUUGAUCGCAGUAGCUGGCUUAUUCUUAGUUGCUCUCAUUCCUCAUGCAGAAUGCAGCUGCCUUUGAUCCAUUAGAUCCCAAUGGGAAUAUCACCAUCAAAUGGGAUGUUAUGUCUUGGACACCUGAUGGUUAUGUCGCAGUGGUAACAAUGAACAAUUUCCAAAUGUACAGACAUAUCAUGACCCCUGGUUGGACCUUAGGAUGGACAUGGGCUAAGAAAGAAGUGAUCUGGUCUAUGGUGGGUGCACAAACCACUGAACAAGGUGACUGCUCUAAAUUCAAAGGCAACAUCCCACAUUGUUGCAAGAAGAAUCCCACUGUUGUCGAUUUGCUCCCUGGAGUUCCUUAUAACCAGCAAUUUACCAAUUGCUGUAAAGGUGGAGUGUUGGCUUCUUGGGGCCAAGAUCCUCAAUCUUCUGUCUCUGCAUUCCAAAUCAGCGUUGGCCAAGCCGGUACCUCGAACAAGACCGUUAAACUUCCUAAGAACUUCACUUUGCUUGGUCCUGGACCAGGCUACACUUGUGGCCCUGCAAAGAUUGUCCCUCCUACCAAAUUUUUCACACCUGAUCUUCGUCGAAAAACUCAGGCCUUAAUGACGUGGAAUGUAACAUGCACAUACUCCCAGUUUCUAGCCCGAAAACACCCGAGUUGCUGCGUCUCUCUGUCAAGUUUCUACAAUGAAACCAUCACUUCUUGUCCUUCUUGUGCUUGUGGUUGUGAGAACAAAAACAAAUGCAUCAAGAGCGACUCCAAGCUACUGAGUGCGGUUGGGAUAAACACUCCAAGAAAAGACAACGUACCACUAAUACAGUGCACGCACCAUAUGUGCCCAGUUCGAGUGCAUUGGCAUGUCAAGCUCAACUACAAGGAUCACUGGCGAGUCAAGCUUUCUGUAACCAACUUUAAUUACAGGAUCAAUUACACACAAUGGACUCUUGUUGUACAGCAUCCAAAUCUUAACAAUGUAACACAAGUUUUUAGCUUUGAUUACAAGCCUCUCGUUCCCUAUCAAUCCAUCAAUGACACAGGAAUGUUCUACGGCAUGAAGUUCUUCAAUGACCUACUGAUGGAAGCAGGGCCAUCUGGGAAUGUUCAAUCAGAAGUUCUUCUCCAAAAGGACAAGGAUACUUUCACCUUCAAACAAGGAUGGGCAUUUCCCCGGAAAGUUUACUUUAAUGGCGACGAGUGCAUGCUCCCACCACCAGAUACUUACCCAUACUUGCCCAGCUUUGCCCAUCAUAGCUCUGUUGCUGUUUCAACAUUGUUAAUUUCCCUGCUUUUGCUUUUGAACGCGCUCUUUUGACCCUUCCUCCAGUUUUGUCAGUCACUGAAAAUUUUGAAGCUAAGAUAACACAUGCUCCGGGUAUUCGGAUCACAGGUACAUUCUUUGAUAGAACAAAUUGGUCAUGAGUCAUGACUAUGUCUAUGUGCUGCAACAAUUUUUGUAUGUGUAUUUAAAUAUCACACUCAAUUCCAAAGGAAAAUUGAGCUUCUUGGUUCAUUAUAAGCAUUCA